AUGGAGCUAGCGCCCAGCUUACUGCCCAAGGUCAAAACUCGGACGAUCAACAAGAGAACAGCGAAGGACGGGCUGUCUCUCCAUGCUUGGAUGAAUGAUAUUGUGGGGGAUAUGAACACCGAGGACUUGGCGCAGUUCAUAAGGCUAUGGGAGGCGUUGGUGAACAUCCAAAUCCACCAGGGUUCGGAGGACAUGCCGUACUGGGCUUGGAACGAGCCAGGCACCUACACAGCCUCUUUUGCUUACAAGAUGAUGUGUGAAGGAAGUAUCAAGUUUCAGCCGGCGGCAGCCAUCUGGAAAAGCAAAGCACCACUCGCUUGCCAAAUCUUUAUGUGGCUGGCACUUCAGUACAGGCUAUGGACUUCGGAUAGGAGAGCUCGACAUGGUCUUCAAGAAACAACAUCGCCAUGCUUUCUCUGCGAUCAAGAGGAAGACACUGUGGACCACAUUCUGUCUCAGUGCGUGUUCGCUAGGCAGGUGUGGUUCCUCUGCUUCGCCAGGAGGGGGAUUGAUCUUGCCCUGCUUCCGGAUGGCAAUGCUCCCUUGCAAAGGAACGACAGAGUUUUUGGUAGGGAUGGCAUCACAAAUGAGCUAGGCACUGUGGAGUGCAUCUUUAGAGAGCGAAAGCUGUGGGAAUUAGCCACUAAGUCUCUCCCCGUCGCGCGCGCCAGCUCGCCGGCGCGCACGCACGCACGCGGACGCAGAAAUGGCGGGCGACUCUCCGGCCACCGCCUCCGCCUCCGCCCCCGCCCCCGCCCCCGCCCCGGCGUCGCCGUGCCCCGCCCCUCCCGGCCCACGGACCCCGACUUCCUCAGCUGCGUCCUCCAGCCCCCGACCCCCUCCUCCUCAACCUCCCGCCCCGACCCCGACUACGCCGCCCUCCGCCGCCUCCUCCUCCGCCGCAAGUCCUCCUCCGCGCUCAACCACCGCAUGGAGUGGCGGUGCAACGGCAAGGGCUACGUCGUCUACCGGAACUUCCUCCUCCGCCGUAUCGAAGCCGCCUCAAGCAGCGCCCACAGCACGCCCAGCAACAGUGGGAGGUGGUUUGCUAGCCCUACUACAUUUUCUGAAGCAGACAGCUGGAGUUCUAUCAGGGACCUCAGAAGUAACAGCGGUAAGUUAAGCCGCACCUUGAGUGUCAGCUCAAAGCAUAGUGAACCUGAGCGCCAUGUCAGAUUCGCCGAACCUGCGUACUCGUUUGUUGGAAUGCAUUGCAUCUUUGACAACUGCAAAGCAUCAGUUACCGUAUUGCAAUUUGGCCGCACGAAUUCAGAUCUGCUUGCUUAUGGUUCAUCCGAUGGCAGUUUGACGGUUUGCCAGGUUUCUGAGCCACCCUCUGUUCUUCAAAAAUUAACAGGACAUUCAAAAGAUAUCACAGAUUUUGAUUUUUCAUCUAAUAACCAGUACAUAGCUUCAUGCUCCAUGGAUAAAACUGUGAGAGUGUGGGAGAUCUCUAAAGGCACUUGUAUCAGAGUCGUAUAUGGAGUUUCUUCCCAGCUAUGCAUCUGCUUUCAUCCCGUGAACAAUAAUUUGCUGUUAGUUGGCAAUGCAAACAGGGAAAUCAAUGCAAUUAAUUUUAGUACUGGGAGAGUAAUCAGCAAACUCACCUGUGACAAUGCGGUUACAGCAUUGGAUAUCGACCACACUGGUCAGCUUAUUUUUGCUGGUGACGCGCAGGGUUACAUAUACACUAUUAGUGUGAACUCUCACACAGGGUCUUUAUCUAGAACUCAUAAGAACAAGAGUUGUAAGAGCAAAUCUUCCGUUACAACCAUCCAGUACCGUACCUUCUCUCUCGUAGCACGUUGUCCAGUACUUCUCUCUUGUGCUCAAGAUGGAAACCUGUAUUUCUUCAGCAUUGCAACAAAUUCCCAUGGAUACUUGACUCUCAUAUGCUCUCUAAAAUUGGCUUCACCAGUGCAGAAUAUCCGUGCUUCUUUCUGUCCACUUCUUUCCCUUGAGAAAGGGGAAUUCAUAGUUACUGGCAGUGGAGAUUCGAAUGUUUACUUCUAUGAUUUGGCUCGGCCAAAGAAUUCAUGUGUAAAUAAACUGCAGGGACACGGCUCUCCAGUAAUGGGAGUAGCCUGGAAUCACGGGGAAAAUUUGCUCGCCUCAUCCGAUUCAGACGGUACAGUUAUUGUAUGGAAACGAGCAAAAACUAAUUAGAGUGAACGCCACAUCUCGAGGAUGCUUGUAUACAGCAAUUGUAGAGGCUGAUACAUUGUCCCAACAGAGGCAUUGCCUAGCGCGCAUUGUACCCGCCACCAUGUUGUUUGUAACAUACCACAAGGCCUGGGCAAGAAGAUGGACCGGCCUUCGAUUAUAUUUACAGAAGUAUAGGUCUCCCAGUAGAGUGUAAAUCAUUUUUUUUUCCCCGGUGUAUCUUGUAUCAUUUCAUGCUUUUGCCCCCAAUUACAUUGAUUUUGUUGUUCAAUACUGAAAGGUAUAGUGGAAAUAGUACCCUGGGUUUUCAAAUCCAUUUGGUGCAUCAUGAUGUUGCUCUUCAAAACAAAGUUUAUGAACUGAAAUGGAUUUGCUGCAUUAUUCGA